CGCGCCACAGCCACUGCCUCCUUCUCACUGAGCAGGUUAGCUCAGACGGUCGGUCUGAAACCCCGCAGUCCGGUUACCGGCGCCUGUUUAGCUCGCGAGCAGCGUGUCCGCCGCCAUGCCCAUGUACCAGGUAAAGCCCACGUGUGGAGAGAUAACGGUAGAUUUACCGACCUGCAUGUACACGCUACCGAAUGUCCACGCGCAGGGGAGCAGCUGCGGCGACCACGCGCUCCAGAAUGGGGAGGUGGAUCCUGCUCUCAAAGCGCUGGAGGCUCGUCAGGACGAGAUAAUGCGAAAGCUGUACGAGCUGAAAGCAGCAGUGGACGGCCUGGCCAAGACAGUCACUACUCCGGACGCCGACCUGGACGCCACCACGCUGUCGCAGAGUCCUGCGGUCAGUGCCUUCAUGGGCACGGCUGAUCUGGACGCCCUUCUUGGCAAGGAUCUUGGUGCUCUGAGGGACAUUGUGAUCAAUGCCAACCCGGCCACUCCGCCACUCUCGCUGCUGGUGCUGCACGGGCUGCUAUGCCAGCGCUACCGCGUGCUCUCCAACGUGCACGUCCACUCGUCCGUCUCCAGCGUGUCCCCGCAGCUACUCUCAUGCCUAGGGCCGCAGCGCACCGACAGCUACACCCGCCACCGCUUCCAGCUGGGCUUCACACUCAUAUGGAAAGACGUGCCAAAACUCCAGAUGAAGUUCAGCACCCAGAGUAUGUGCCCCAUUGAGGGCGAGGCUAACGUCGCUCGCUUCCUGUUCCGUCUCCUGGGCGCUGAACCACAGGACCCGAUCACUGCCACACAGGUGGACUCCUGGGUUGACACAGCCGUUUUCCAGCUAGCUGAAGGGGGCGCAAAAGAGCGGGCAGCCGUCCUGCGCUCUCUCAACAGCACUCUGGGCCGCACGCCUUGGCUGCUGGGUCAGGAGCUCUCGCUGGCCGACAUCGUGUGCGUGUGCUGCCUCCUGCGGGCCGGCCAGGCCUCGUCCGCCCCGACCAACGUCCAGCGCUGGCUCCAGUCCUGCCGCAACCUAGGCCACUUCGACUGUGUGUACCCCCUGCUGCAGUGAGGAGAACCGAGAGUAGGCUACAAUAAGGGGCUUUGGGUUUAGUAACAGAUACAGAAAAGACUAAAGAGAUUUAUCCAUGCCAGUAAGUUAAAUGAAUUGCAGGGAGGCACAUUAAGGUGAUGAUAUGAUAUUAUAUAUACAAUGCAGAUAGAUCAGAUAAGCUACAGCGAGCCCUGAUGAUGAAAGGGUUCAGAAAUCUGCAGGUCGACCCACACAGAAAUCAAAAGCCAAUAUUGAGGGUCCAGCAAGACCUGAGAUCAGUAUGAAUAUGCAAGUGCUCUGACAAUAAUGAGAAUAAUGCAUAUAAUAUUAUAAUAAGUGAUAUCGAUGUGGACUGUUGCGAAACUACAGUCAUAAAUGUAAUCUGUGCACUAAGAGCAAAAAGGGUGGUCUGGUCAUUCAGAGCAUAGUCGAUACUGGGUACGAUACGAAUGCUGCAAACACGUCUCCCCUCCACCUUGUGCCUAACAUGAUGAAAAUGUACAUGUACUGUGUGUAAUAUGUUAAUACCAAACGUUGCGGGGUCAUUCAGUGAAUCAGUUCAAAUGUGAAGCAGUGGACCUACUGGUAUUGUAUGAGUGGUGUGAGAAACUUUGUAGCGUCUUUUUGUUAAAGCCUAUUAAAAUUUUCACAUUGGGUCAAACUUUU